AGCGCGCGCUGGGAAAUCUUCAGUCUCCGGGAUGGAGGGACAAGGCGGCGGAGGGUCCGUGUCCGACGUGGAGCUCUGUAACUUGGCUUACGCGGGGCAGCUGGAGGAGGUCAAGGAGCGGCUGGUCGCCAACCGGAGCCUGGCGACACGCGCCGAUCAGGACAAUAGGACAGCGUUACAUUGGGCCUGUUCAGCUGGUCAUUCAGAUAUCGUUGACUUUUUGCUAAGUCUGGGAGUGCCUGUUAAUGACAAGGAUGAUGCUGGCUGGACCCCUUUGCAUAUUGCUGCAUCGGCUGGCCGGGAUGAAAUUGUGAAAAGUCUCCUUCAGAAAGGAGCUGAGGUGAACGCCACCAAUCAGAAUGGCUGCACCCCGCUGCAUUACGCUGCGUCGAAGAAUAAGCAGGAGAUUGCGCUGAUGCUGCUGGAGAACAAAGCUAAUCCAGAUGCAAAGGAUCACUUGGCCUCAACACCAUUACACAGAGCAGCCUCCAAAGGGAAUCAGAAAAUGAUCCAGAUCCUUCUGAAGCACAAAGCUUCGGUCAACUUACAGGACUCUGAAGGAAACACGCCUCUCCACUUAGCAUGUGAUGAAGAGCGGGUGGAAGAAGCGAAGCUCCUGGUGUCCCACGGGGCGAGCAUCACCAUUGAGAACAAAGAAGAGAAGACCCCUUUGAAGGUUGCCAAAGGAGGGCUGGCCUCCAUCCUCAGAAGGCUGGUUGAGGGGUAGCUGCUGUGCGCACCCUGAAUUCCAUUCUCCACAAAGCUAUUAAAGACUGUUCAUAAGAGGGGUUGUUUUUUUAAAAAAAAAAUCAGUCUGAACAUGCUACAACUUGAAUUUUUAUUGCACUGUAGCUGCUUUCUACUUUCCCGUGCGACCAUUCUCCAAAAGUCCCCUUGUGUUAACAAAAUUUAUUACUGUUUUUUUGCCAAAUCUUGUUGUCCUGUUAGAGAGCCGUUUCAAGAUAGCUCUUCCCGUCUGCUUUCAUACAGAAAAGGAAUCUGAUGUCUCAUCUUGCAAGAAACGGUAAAUGAAAUGAAGACUGUUACCUGUAAAAGCGGCCCCUGUGUUCGAGACUUCCCCAACCUUUCCGGCUUUGCAGCUCGGCGGGUGGGGGGGGAGGGGAUGGUUCCGCAGAGCAGCAGGGAAGCACACAUGCACGGGCAGCUCCAUUUGCGCGAGAAGGAGGCACACACCUGUCACUUGUGCAAGCUGAGCACAUCUGCUUGUUGCUCACACAAGUGGGGAUGUGUGCAUGCACACCACUUCUGCGGCCCCGUUCUGAACGGCUCAAGGCCCAGUAGUGGGUCACAGCCCAGGGUUGGGGACCCCUGCUUUAUUCCUCCGGGUCAUUGUCUGUGUAUUUAGUAAAAGUCAAAAGCUGGUGCUCACAUGUGGUGGCUCAGAAAUUGAGCAAGCCUGGCCAAAAUUCAAAGCUGCAGAAUCUCUUGCCCUCUAGAAGUGACUGAACUACAAUUCCCAGCAGCCAACUGCCAGCAAUAGAGGAUUCUAGGAUUGUACUUCUGGAGGGCCACGGGUUUCAGGGUUUCAGCUGCCUCCCUGGAUUUUUUUUAUUGUAAUAUUUUUGGAAUCUUUUUGCAAGUAUCUUUGGCUUCAUUCUUCCACCUCCUGUAUGCCGUAAGUGAUCGGAGCGUAGCAUUAUGGAUAGAAAGCUGAUAGAUUUAAACAGUUUGGGAAAGGUUGCAUAAAUUGUUCCUUGUGAAUAAAAGCUAAUGUAGUUGA